AUGACCUUCUCAACCACAGCUCCCAGCUCUGCGCCGGCGCAACUAGGGAGCACAUCUCCGUCGUUGAAUAAAGAUUUGAUCCCGCAAUCGAGAGAAAUGGGGGAUGUCAUUCCGAACCGGACACCACCGGCUAGUCAGGAAAAGCCCGAGGCGAAGCCAUUUGCACACUUCGUUGCUGGUGGGCUGGGAGGUAUGACCGCAGCAACCCUCACUUCGCCGCUUGAUGUCUUGAAGACGCGCCUACAGUCCGACUUUUACCAGGCGCAGCUACAGGCUCUACGCGCCGCGAAACCUUCGCCCGCCCCAACUUCCAAUGCCUUGGUCUCUCUCACCCGGACCGCUGGCAUGCAUUUUAGCGAAACCUUCCAGAUCCUCCGCUCAAUACACGUUCAUGAAGGAUGGCGCGCACUAUUCAAGGGACUAGGACCGAACUUGAUCGGUGUCGUGCCUGCACGCGCUAUAAACUUCUACGUCUAUGGAAACGGCAAACGUAUCCUAAGCGAUUACUUUGAUUACCGGACAGCCGAGCAAACUCCUAUGGGCAUUCAUCUGGCCGCUGCGGCAAUCGCCGGCAUCGCUACAGGUACGGCAACCAACCCGAUCUGGCUGGUCAAGACACGUUUGCAACUGGAUAAGUCCAAUGCGGAAAUUGGAAAGAGCCGUCAGUACCGCAACAGCUUCGACUGUGUUAAACAAACUGUGCGCCAUGAAGGCAUCCGCGGUCUCUACCGCGGCCUAUCCGCAUCCUAUCUGGGCGUGACGGAGUCAUCUCUCCAGUGGGUGAUGUACGAACAGAUGAAAAUGUAUCUAGCCCGCCGUGAUGCUCUUAAGCAAGCCGACCCGGCGUACGAUUACACUUCAUGGGAUUCGGCGGAACUGUGGGGAGGACGAAUCACUGCGGCUGGUUUGGCCAAGCUGGUUGCAGCUGCUAUCACCUACCCACACGAGGUCGUUCGGACGCGUCUGCGUCAGGCACCGACCGUCUCGUUGGGCAAUGGCAAGGUCGAGAUGAAGUACACCGGCUUGGUGCAGUGCUUCAAGACUGUCUGGAAGGAAGAAGGAAUGGUCGCUAUGUAUGGGGGCCUAACGCCACACUUGCUUCGUGUCGUCCCCUCUGCUGCGAUUAUGUUCGGAAUGUACGAGUUCAUUCUGCGAAUAUUCGGCACAACAUCAUAA